UUGUUGUCUUUUUCGGUUCCGGUGCUGGGAAGCGAAAGGGGUGCUGCGUUACUUUAAUGCCUUGCUGUUAACGGCCCGAGGAAGAAGGGCUCACUCCGAGGUGGGUGGUGCGGACGUCUCUGGGACCAAGGCAGCUGCCUCCCUUCUGGCCUCAGUUUGGAAAGUGCCUGUCAUGCUGUCUUACACACAAAAUUUCUGCUGUCUAGGGAGAGUGUUAUGUAAAAUAAACAGCCCUGCAGUGUACUAGUAUUAAAACAUCACAAGCAAACACCAAAAUGAGCAGGCGAACAAGCAGCGACAUUCCAUUAGGAAGGAUGAGUACAGCAACAUUCCCAUCUCCAGCUGCCGAAAUAGCUGAAAUGAAUCGAAUUCAGUAUGAAAUGGAAUAUACAGAAGGGAUCAGCCAGAGAAUGAGAGUUCCAGAAAAACUCAAGGUUGCUCCCCCAAAUGCUGACCUUGAGCAGGGUGCCCCUGAAGGAGGGCUUCCAAAUGCAAGUGUAACAAUGCAAGUGCCAGAACGUAUUGUUGUAGCAGGCAAUAGUGAAGACAUUCCACUUUCCAGGCCACCAGAUCUAGAUCUUCUCCAGUCGACUCCAUUCAAGCCUCUGUCACUAAAAACACCACCACGUGUUAUUUCACUCAGUGAACGCCCACUUGAUUUCUUGGACCUAGAGAGAGCCCCUGCUCAGACUCCUCAAAAUGAAGAGGUUCGUGCAGUAGGAAGGCUGAAAAGAGAACGUUCCAUGAGUGAAAACGCAAUGCGUCAAAAUGGUCAGUUGGUCAGAAAUGAUUCAAUUGUGACACCAUCACCUCAACAGGUUCGUGUCUGUCCUCCCCAAAUGUUCUCUGAAGAUGGAUCUAAUCUUUACUCUGCUCGGGGCAUUUUGUCGCUUAUCCAGUCUUCUACCCGUAGGGCUUACCAGCAAGUCUUGGAUGUGCUGGAUGAAAAUCGCAGGCCAGUGUUACGUGGUGGAUCAGCAGCUGCCACUUCCUCUAACCCUCAUCAUGACAAUGCCAGGUAUGCUCUAUCAAAUAUGGAUACAUCAUUUGAAGGAACUCCAGAAGAUAUGACAGUUGUGGAUGCUGCUUCUUUAAGACGACAGAUAAUCAAACUUAAUCGCCGUUUACAACUCUUGGAAGAAGAAAACAAAGAACGUGCUAAAAGAGAAAUGAUCAUGUAUUCAAUUACUGUAGCUUUCUGGCUACUAAAUAGUUGGCUGUGGUUUCGGCGCUAGAAGUGUGGGCAACACGUAAAAGAAUUUGAUACUGAGAAUUUACAAAGUCCUUCAUUUCUGUCUCUGAAUUGUAUGGUGAUUUAUGGCCCACGCACUGGAAACUUCUGCCACAGUAAACAGCUGUAAUUCAAGAUUACAGUGUGAAGGGAUGUUUGGAUGAUUGUAUUUAUUUCUUCAGAUUUGUUGUAACAUCCCGUUAUCUUCCUUUUGCAUGACUUGAUGUACAUUUGGAUUGAGUUAUUUUAAGAAUGAGAUUGUCUCCUGCAGGGUAUCCUAUAGACAGUUCUCUCUGGUGUAGGAAGAAAGCAAACUUGGAUCUUACACAUUUCUACAGACAAAAAGUAUGGGUUUCUCAUUCUUGUUUCAUUAUUAAAUGCAGCAUCUUUAUAGUUAACUUUA